GCCUCUCUCGUUCUCGAAUUUAGUGUGAAAGCUGAGCCACCCACCGCCCGCCGGAAAAGUCUCGCGAGUGUUCCGAAAAAUCGAGUUUACUCCCCCCCAUAAAAAAAAUAUAUCAAAUAAAAUCCUAACAAAAUGAGCAAGCUACUGACCUCCGCGGACAUCGAAGAUGGUAAGGUGGAGUUCGACAAGGCCACCGGAGCCAGCACCACGUACAAGGUGAUCGAGGGAGGCUACGAGGUGAUCACCACCUCCCCCCAGCCCAAUGGAACCGUCAAGACCCAGGUGCGAACCUUCUGGGAUCCCAAGCCCGUUAGCGAGGAGGAUCUGAAGAAGGAGCAGGAAAACAAGAAGCUGGUCCAGAAGCGUCUGGGCAAGGAGAUCCGCAUCGAUGAGCGCACCACCAUGCUGACCCGUUCCAUCGAGGGUGGCUACGAGGAGGUGUACACCACCAUCAACGAGGAUGGAACUCGCAGCACUCGCACCAAGACCUUCUUCGACUCCGUUCCCACGGAGGUGGAUGAGAACACGGCCGCCAAGCUGAACAAGAACAAAAAGAACGUGACCAGGAAGUCGUCGGUGGACUCCACCGAUUCCACGGAAUCCUCCCGUCGCAUUGUCCAGAAGCAGCAGAAGAACGUGGUCCAAAACUAUGGUGAGCAGACCAACUCCACCACCACAUCGGAGCGCAGAGUGUCGGUGACCCAGAACAUCGAGAUCACCGAGAACAAUCGCACCGUGCGCAAGAACUCGCUGCAGGAGCAGAACGUCAAGGCCAUCACAUCCACCUCGAACACCUCGACCAGCGAUAAGAAGCAAAAGAAGAAGCCCAAGUCUUCGGCCCCACCACCACCCGCUGACUUCUUCCAGAACGAUACCACCUCUGUGGCCUCGAAGCGUGUGCCCGGCGGAGUGGAGUACACCUAUUCCACGCAGCUGGAUUCCGGCAAGACCAUCACUACCUCGAAGACUGUCUAUGAGGAGGAGGAGGUGGAGCUCACCGAGGAGGAGAUUCGCCAAUACAAGAAGACCCUGAAGGACGCCGAGAAGCACAAGAACGUCUCGACCACCAAGAAGCUCAAGUCCGAGUCGGGCACCAAGAAGAUCGUCCCAUCCGAAAACGCCGGAGAUGUGACAACCGUUGAGACUAUCAAGAUCGAAGGUGGCACCGAGUACCACUACACCACCGUGACAUCCGAGGGCAUCGUGAAGAAGGCCGUAAAAACUGUCUACGAUCCAGUGCCCAGCCAGAAGUCCAAUCCCGAUGACACCGACGAGGAGGAGAUCAUCGAGGAGUACGAGGAGGAGAUCAUCGAGCCCGGCGAGAAGAGCGUGAAGACUAUCGAGACCAUCAAGCAGCUGCCCACCAAGUUCGAGGAGGAAGUGACCAUCACUCAUGAGAGGAAGGAGAAGAAGGUAAAGAAAUCUAUGGUCAUAAGCCAGUAGAGGUCUCCGCUUGCCCACACCGAAACACACGUAAACCCACACGACACUCACACAACACAAGGCACAACAAUACACACAAAAACAAGCUUAUGAAAUGGCCCGAAGACAGAAGAAAGGCCCCGCGAAGAUCCCAAGCUAAUUCUCCUGACCUAUUUCAGCAUCCAGUUCAGUUAGUUGCGGGCGGUCUUUGCACGCUACUCGUUAGCUUUUUAAUCAAUUACCAGCUGUCUAGUGCCCUAGAAAUGUAUUACGAAAUUAUCCAAAAUUUAUUACAAAAAACUAUCUAACAUAUUUGUAGCCUUUUUUGUUAACAAAAAUAAAACUCAAGUUUUGGUUCUAA